AACCUCACCCAUAUGUUUUGCAUAUUUAAGUCAUUGUCAGAAGGAAAUAUGAGUUUGGGAUAUAAAAGGUGGAAAGACAUCCAGGACUGAUCUUUCCUCAGCACAGCAUCAGUAGAGCAUUAUUUGAGAAGAGCAAGAAAUAGGACCAAGAUGGCAAGCCUACAGCUGAUCAACGUUAACUUUCAGCAGAGCAUAAAUGCUACAGCUCACAGAACCAAGGAUUAUGAUACCACAGAACUGGUUGUCAGGAGAGGCCAGCCCAUUUCAUUAGUCUUCAACUUCAACAAACCUAUUCAGUCUGGAGAUAGCCUUACCAUCACUGUCGAAAUAGGUCCCAGGCCAUCUGAAUCCAACAACACCAGGGCAGUGAUGCCAGUUUCCAGUUCUGGUAGUAGAACGAGUUGGAGUGCGGUACGUGGAAACAGCAGUGGCAACUCUCUGCCUGUUACCCUCAACUCUCCAGUAACUGCACCAAUUGGUCGUUACCGGGUAACUGUACAGACAACCAGUGGAUCGCGCACCUCAUCUUCUAAUGUGGGAAACUUUGUCUUGCUGUUUAACUGCUGGAAUUCAGGUGAUGAAGUUUACUUGACCAGUGAGGCAGAAAGGGCAGAGUAUGUGCUCAACGAUGUUGGGUUUUACUGGUAUGGAAAUGCGGAUAGCUUUUCCAGCAGAAGAUGGAUCUAUGGCCAGUUUGAAGAAGAUAUCUUGAACAUCUGCCUUACCCUGUUGGACAGAAGCUCGGUCUACGCCUCAGAUUCAGCUGCAGAUGUCUCUCGCCGAAAUGACCCUCUCCAUGUGGGAAGAGUGAUGAGUGCCAUGGUGAACGCCAAUGAUGGGGACAAUGGGAUAAUUGUGGGGAACUGGAGCGGGAACUACAGCGGAGGAGUGAGCCCUACACAGUGGAAUGGAAGUGUUGCUGUCCUCCGCCAAUGGAUUCGGAGUGGGCCGGUCAAGUUUGGACAAUGCUGGGUGUACGCAGGAGUACUCUGCACAGUACUCCGAUGUUUCGGGAUUCCAGCUCGUCUGAUCAUUAAUUUUGAUUCUGCCCAUGACGUUGAUAUGGAUCUUAUUGUUGAUAACUAUUAUGAUGCUAAUGGAAAAAAGGACAAUACAAGGACCAAUGAUAGUGUAUGGAAUUUUCAUGCAUGGGAUGAGAUGUGGUGUGUUAGAAAGGAUCUUGGAAAUUUCUAUAAUGGAUGGCAGAUUCUAGAUUCAACUCCUCAAGAACCAAGUGGAGGUGUGUACCGCUUGGGACCAUGCGCUCAGAAAGCUGUAAAGGAAGGAGAUGUGGACCUCAAGUUUGACACCCCAUUUGUGUUUGGAGAGGUGAACGCUGACACAAACCACUGGGUGAUAAAUAGCGAUGGAUCAAGAAGGCUGAUCUAUUCAGAGCCUCAAGCAGUAGGACGGAACACCAGCACCAAGGCUGUUGGUUCUUUCUCACGUGUAGAUGUCACUCAAGAAUACAAAUACGCUGAAGGCACUCCUAAGGAAAGAGAGAUAUUUCUUAAGGCUAAGAAUAAACUGCGAUCUGCAGCCGGUUUUUCAGGGGCCAGUGCCCGUAUGGCAUCAAUGUCACUCCGUGAUGCACAACCAGAAGCGGCAGCAGUUAAACCUGAAUUUUCGGGCAUUUUUAAGAACAAAGAAACACAGGUCGGUGAGGAUCUGAUCAUGCAACUUAUUCUGAAAAGCACAUCCACUAACACCAGGACUGUGAAGGCCAAUAUGACGGCUUCCUCCAUAGUAUACGACAGUACGGUAGUCAAGCAGAUCAGAACUGAAUCACAGUCUGUAACAUUGAAACCAAUGGGAGAGCAAACUAUCCCUUUUACAAUAACAUACCCUCAGUACAAAAAUGCCAUAACUUCAGGCAACAUGAUCCAGGUUGCGGCUGUGUGUGAAGAUGAAAUGGGAGGAAGACUGCUGGUCAAUAAAGUAGUUAUACUGGAAAACCCACCUCUGCUGAUCAGGGUCAACGAACAAGCUAGAUUGGAUAAAAAAACAACUGUGGACGUAAUAUUCACUAAUCCCUCUAAAGAGAAUGUCGAAGACAGCAUGGUCACAAUUGAGGGACCUGGCCUAAUAAAGGGAGCCACUGUUGCUAAUGUGCCACUUCUAAAGCAAAAUCAAAGAGUCACCAUUGAAUGUGAAAUCCAACCCACCAGAAUCGGAGAGAAGAGCAUUUUGAUAGAUUUUUCGUCCAAGAAAUUCCCCAGCGUUAAAGGUUUUCAGUCUGUUCCUGUGGCGUCAUGUUAAAAAAAUAUAUUUUUGAAUAGACAAUGAAUACACUAUAUGUAUUAGACAGUCUACAUUAUAAAUGCUACAGGUAGUCUCCGAUUUGUAUAUAUGUGGGACUCAUUAGGGUGAGAUUUAAGGGGUUAUCCAAAAAUAACAUAGGUGAUCAAUGUCAGAUUAUCUGAGGUGCAUCUGCUGGGGUCCCGGUGAUUCUGUGAACAGAGUUACCUGUUUGUAUGGAGCAGUAGUGUGCAUAUUGGUCUACACCGCAUUCACUUCUAUUGGACUAAUAUAGACUCUUUCAGUCCCAUAGAAGUGAAUGGAGUGGUAGACCGAUAAGUGCCGGAUCUCUUCCUUCAGAGAGGGGACUCAUGGAACCGAGCACUGGGGAUCCCGGUGGUUGGAUUGGCCCACCAGAAUACCAGUCGAUCUUCUGGUGGGACCAAUCUAUGAAGCCAUAGUGGGCCCUAAAGGUCCAAGCGAUAAAUCCCAUUUGGAGUUGCCUUUGGAGCCAAUCACUUUCCAUUAGGGUCUAUCUCUGAGACUCAAAACCUAUUUGACUUUAUUGAUCGUAUAGAGUCUUGACCCAGAGAAUAAUUUCCUCUGGUGGGCCCAGGAAACCCCAGUCCAACACUGCUCCAGUGAUCCAAUAUUUUUCACCUAUGCUUUUCAUAGCCCUUUUAAUAAAUGUCAUAAAUCAAAUCUAAUCAAUAAACCCAGUUUCGAUAUAUCUGACAGCUUCAGCUCUGCUACACCUGUAGUUAUCAUAGUCACAUUCAUUGAAUGCUUCAUUUGCUCCGCACACAACUUUGCAGGAUUUCAGAUUUUGUUCAUCUAAUAAAAAGUCUUCCAAACUAAAGUAAUCAAAACUCUGUGUAAUAGAAAAUGAUACAUGCAAAUAAACAGAACAUGAUGAAUGGG